AAACCUGGAUUUUUCGAUUCCAACCAUUUCUGCUGGAACUCACUCUCAAUCCUUCACUCUCUUCCUUUCCAAUUACAAACUCAAGGUGGACAGCUUUCAAGUGCGUUUGUGGGUAAAGUUUCCACCUUUUAGUCUUCUUUGGGGGUUUUAGCUGGUUAAGAACGAUAGGUUUUGUGGAGUGUAAUUCGAUGAAUAUGCUGUCUAUGAAGAGUUUAUGUCUCGAUGCUGUAGGUUUCUUGUGAAAUCCUGAGAAGUGGAGGUGUGAUCGAUGGAACAGGUUUUGGGUUCGGAUUCUGUUCCUUCUGGCCCUAUGGAUAAGUCUAAGGUUUUGACAGUUAAGCCAUUAAGGUGUCUAGUUCCUAUUUUCCCAUCGCAACGGGAUACAACUGCACCCCAGACUUCCCAAUUUGCAUCUGUCCCUCCAACUGGUCCAUUUCCGCCUGGUGCUGCACCAUUUUUUCCUUUCUUUGCAUCAAAUGAGUCUCAAAGGCAAGGCACUGGGGCAAAUCAAGGACGAUCUUAUCCAAUUCCAUCACCAGUUCCCUUAAAUUCCUUUCGGACACCUGCGUCGGCUGCAGGAAAUGGUGACAUAGGGACAUCAAGAAGGAGCUCUAGGAAUCGUGUUGCUGCAGAUGAGGAUGGAUAUAGUCAAGGUGAUGCUUACGAGAACAGCUUUGGCAUGUACACUGAAGAUGGCAGUGAUGUUGUAAAAAAGCGCAAGUCCCGCAAAAAGGCAAAGGGCAGACCAGCAAUCGCUGUUUCUCUUUCUGAGGUUGACAUAGAAUCAUUGGUUAAUAAUCUCUUGAAAUCUUUCAAUCUUGUGGAAAUCGAUACGUUUUAUCAAGCUAACAGCGACAAGGAGUUGGUCGAACGUGUACUUAUUGUUUAUAAUUUGCUUAGGAGAAAGAUUACACAAAUUGAUGACUCAAAGGAGGCUGUUCCAGGAGUAGCAAGACGCCCAGACUUAAGGUCAGGUACAAUCUUGAUGAAUAAAGGUGCUCGGGCGAAUGUCAAAAAGAGGAUUGGAACUGUACCUGGUAUUGAUGUUGGUGACAUUUUCUUUUUUCGGAUGGAGAUGUGCUUGGUGGGAUUGCAUGCUCCGAUUAUGGGUGGGAUAGAUUACUUGACUGUUAAGGUUUCUGCUGAUGAAGAGCCAGUGGCUGUUAGUAUUGUUUCCUCUGGAGGAUAUGAAGAUGAUGGGGACGAUGGAGAUGUGCUAAUUUACAGUGGCCAUGGGGGUGUUCAAAGGAAAGAUAAACAACAAAUGGAUCAAAAACUUGAAAGGGGUAACCUUGCCCUAGAGAAAAGUUUGCACCGGGCCAAUGAAGUAAGAGUCAUUCGUGGUGUUAGGGAUUUUGCAAGUCCAACUGGGAAGAUAUAUGUCUAUGAUGGCCGAUACAUAAUCCACGAGUCUUGGAUUGAGAAAGGAAAGUCUGGUUGCAAUGUCUUUAAGUACAAAUUAGUUAGAGUUGCAGGCCAGCCUGAAGCAUAUACAGUGUGGAAAUCGAUUCAGCAAUGGAAGGAUGGCGUUACUACAAGGGUUGGAGUGAUCCUGCCUGAUCUUACUUCUGGGGCUGAAAGUUUACCUGUGUGCCUUGUAAACGAUGUCGAUGAUGAAAAGGGGCCUGCUUAUUUUACAUACCUACCCCAUCUCAAGUAUACAAAGCCUUUUGCUUCAUCCAAAUCUUUUUUGAACUGCAGUUGCUCAGAUGGAUGUGAACCUGCUACCAACUGUCCUUGUGUUCAAAAAAAUGGAGGCUAUAUCCCAUACACUGCGCUUGGUAUUCUUUUGAGUCAUAACUCAUUAAUUCAUGAGUGUGGGCCUGCUUGUUUGUGCCCUCGUACCUGUAGAAACCGAGUUUCUCAAGCAGGUCUCAAAAUCCGUUUAGAGGUGUUCAAAACAAAGGAUAAAGGUUGGGGACUUCGGUCUUGGGAUCCCAUCCGUGCAGGAGCUUUUAUAUGCGAGUAUGCAGGUGAUGUGAUUGAUUCUUCAGCAGUAGAGAGUGAUGAUAAUUACAUCUUUGAUGCCACCCGCUCUUUUGAUCAAUUGGAAUUUGUGCCUAUUGAUGAUCCUGUAAAGGUUCCAUUUCCUCUAAUUAUCAGUGCCAAAAAUGGGGGAAACGUGGGUCGUUUUAUGAACCAUAGUUGUUCACCUAAUGUGUAUUGGCAGCCAAUUUUGCGGGAAAACCAUGAUCAAUCAUAUCUCCAUGUUGGUUUUUAUGCAAUCAAGCACAUCCCCCCUAUGCAGGAAUUAACAUAUAGCUAUGGAAUGGUAAGGACCGACAAAGAUGGGCCACGGAGGAAGAAGUGUUUGUGUGGAUCAUCAAAAUGCAGGGGUUACUUCUACUAGCGGCCUACAUGAACCUGGUGAGGAUGAUGUGAUGGUGAUUAGAAGUAGAAGGUUUGUAGUUUGUAGAGCAAGUGAAGUUGUUUGUGGGUGUUCAGAAGUAUGAUUAUCACUUGGACUAUAACUUAGAUUAUUUUGUGGUUAGCAUGUUAAUGUGCUACUUAGUAGUAUGUAAACCAUAAGGAUGGUUUGUUGUGUACCCCAACUUUUAUACAUAUCCUUGCACCAUAAAUGGAUACUUAGGAUUUUGUUAAA